GCGCAGGAGGGGGAGGGGACGCGGGCGGAUGUGCGGACACCCCGGCCAUGUUGCUGCUGCUGCUGCCCGGCCUCAGUGUGGUGGCCGGGUUCUGGCUGCUCCUGGACGUGGUCUUCCUGUCGGCGCUGUUCCUGCACCUGCUCGGGGACUGCAGCAGCCGGCGCUCCGGCCUGUGCAGCGUCUUCCAGGAUCUCAUCCGCUAUGGAAAGACCAAGCUGGUCGGACGUCCUGCCUGGCUGCACUGCUUCGACCUGCCCAAGAGGUGGUUUUGGCAUUUCUAUCUUUUGUCUGUCAUCUGGAAUGGAGCAUUGCUGGGACUUCUAGUGUGGUCAUUGCUGCUAGGUGUCCGCUUACCACAAUGGAUUCAGCUGUUACUUAACUUUUUCCAUAAGGAGUCCGAACAAAAGAUAUCAGAUGGAGAACUUUCAACUCUUCUGGCUUUGUCCUUGCUAUGGAUACACAGUCUCAGACGGCUGCUUGAGUGUUUCUAUGUGAGUGUCUACUCUGGUGGAGUCAUCCAUCUUGCUCAGUAUUGUCUUGGCAUUGGCUACUACCUACUGCUUGGGAUAACUGUACUUGAUCAUGCACAACUGGAUUUCCAAAAGGUGACUGUUACAGAACUCCUGCUGCAGCUGCACUGGUACCACAUUGUCGGGGGUCUGCUUUACAUCUGGGCGUCAUUGCACCAGAAUAGGUGUCAUGUUAUUCUCGCUAAUCUCAGGAGGUAUAAAUCUGGUAAAAUUGUCACCAUGAACCACAAGAUGCCAUCUGGAGACUGGUUUGAGAGAGUGUCCUGCCCACACUAUUUUGCCGAGUUCUUGAUUUACAUUUCUAUCGCAUUCCUCUUUGGACUGACGCAUUGGACAUGGUGGCUGCUGGUUUUAUUUGUUUUAUUUAACCAGUCGUUGGCUGCUAUUUUAUGCCAUGAAUUUUACCAUCAGAAAUUUGAUUCAUACCCUGCUCGCAGAAAAGCAUUGAUACCGUUUGUGUUCUAAGGACCACUGGAUAUGGCAUGCCUGCUUUAGUAACUGCUUGUGUUCUGCAUGAAAUUACAAUCCUGGAGCAUCUUUUCUUUUUCCUAGAUAUUUCUGAAUAAAUUGACUACUGGGUGUCACCUUUUGGGGCGGUGUGACUGUGUAGGGACACUCCCCCGAGUGGUAACACCCAGUUUUCAGUUUGUUCAUACAUUUCUAGGAGGAGUAACAGAGAAAUGGCACAACGCAAAGCUACGAGAGAGGAUGAUUCAGAAUUAGCUAUUUUAUGGGAAAUAUAUUCAAAUAUUUAGUAAAACAGACACGUCAGAUGUCACAAGAGCUUUUUUUCCAGGGCGAUCAGGUAGGAUAGUAAAACGUUUUCUGCUGAAAUGUCACCUGCUAUAUAUGUGUAUGAAAAUCAUUGGCUGUAAAGCCUGUCUUUUUUAUUACUUUUGUACUGCAGUUCUCUAAAAGUCCCCAAUAAAAGUGCAGCGAUGCAUGACUCUCAAAACAGAA